AUGGCCACCUGGGGGCCUUUCACAUAUAAUCACUCAGUUAUACAAAUGAAUGAAAGUGCUGAAAUAGUUAGAUAUCCUAUUUCCUUGUGUGCUGUUCAAGCAGAUAUAUUACAAGCAUUUUUUGAAUGUCAGCUUCGAGGUCUUCGUCACAGUUGCAAAUGGCUUACAGAUUUACUGUGGUCUAUAAAUCUUCCGAUAAUAUCAGCUCCGGAUAGCGUUUUCUCUGCUAGCAACGUUCACCGAAGUAUACCAGCAGAUAAAUUGACCACCUUCCUACUUGCUCGCAGUUGUUUUGAUAUUCAAGAAUAUGAUCAUUGCGCCGAGAUAUUAUCGCAUAAUUUUGAGAAGUCAAUUCAUGAUUAUCCGAAAUGUUUUAUUGAUAACUAUGGUUAUGUGUAUUAUUUCCUGUAUAUAUAUUCACGGUAUAUGGCCUGUGAAAAACGCCGUGCUAAUGAUGCUGUUGAAUCACGGCUUACAUUAAAGCCAAAUGAGGAAGCAAAAUCAUCAUUUCUGUCUACUGCUAGAUGUAAUAAAGAACUUUCAUCGUUAAAGUGUGAAAUAGAACCGUAUACAAGUAAAAUGAAUUACAAAGAUGAAAAUAAGACUCAUGGAAUUGGUAACUCAUUCCUCUUAUAUGCUAAUGCGUUGAUUUGUCUUCGACUGGGAAUGAAGGAGACAACUAUAUCAUUACUAGUUCAGGCGAUUAAUUUUUAUCCUUUUCUAUGGCCUGCAUGGUAUGAAUUAGUUGAUCUUAUUGAAAAUAAAGAAGAAAUGAAUAGUUUAAACCUUCCCACAGAUGAUGAAUGCUGGAUGAGAUAUUUCUUUGAAGCUAAGGUAUAUUUGAAACUACAUGAAGGUGAAAGAGCCUUGGAGAUCCUUUUAAAACUAUCAGGAAGUGGAUUCAGUAAAAGUUUUAAUUUACAAGCAGCAAUUGGCUUAGCUUAUGAUGAAUUACGUGCUAUUGAAUUGGCCAAAAAACAAUUUAAGCAGUUGUUCAAUGCUUGUCCAUGUCGACUAGACAAUGUGGAUGUAUAUUCAAACAUAUUAUACGUUUGUGAAGAUUUAACAGAUCUAGCCCAUUUAGCCCAUCAUUGUAUUAAUUUGGACAGAUAUAAUGCAGAGACGUGUUGUGUUGUGGGGAAUUUCUUUGGUUUACGUGGGCAGCACGAAAAAGCUGUCAUGUAUUUUCGACGUGCUCUUAAAUUAAGAACAGCUUAUCCCUUAGUAUGGACAUUAGUUGGCCACGAAUAUAUGGAACUAAGGAAUACAAAUGCAGCUAUACAUGCUUAUAAACGAGCACUUGUCUAUGAUAGAAAUGACUACAGAGCAUGGUAUGGUUUGGGUCAGAUGUUUGAAGCGUUGGGUUUGCCGUCAUUCGCUCUCUAUUAUUACAGAGAAGCACAAUAUCUGGUGCCUACAGAUUCACGUUUAAUUGUAGCAUUAGGUGAAAUUUACGAGAAGCUGAACCGUUUAGAUGAAGCGAAAAAAUGCUAUUGGCGAGCAUAUUGUGUUGGUGAUAUAGAAGGUGGGGCGCUGAUUCGACUAGCUGCGUGUUUUGAGAAAUGUUGUGAAGAUGCUGAGGCUGCAGCAGCAUACACUGAAUUUAUCAAACUUGGCCACCGCUAUGGAGUACAAAAACAAUCAGAUUUAGCUGCAGCCUAUAAACAUAUAGCAAAUUAUCAUUUACGCAGAGGAAAUUAUACAGAUUCUGUCUUGGCGGCAAAUAGAUGCCUUGAUUAUCCUGAAACUCAUGAAGAAGCUAAAGCUAUGUUACGUCAAAUCACAGUGUUAGCUGGUGACAUUGAACAGCUUGCUUCAUCAGAGCCUGGAAACACUGAUUCCCAGAUUGAAAGGAAUAAAUCUGGUCUAGAUGAAGAGAUGGGCAAAAUUACAGAUGCACAUAUAUCAAGGAAGUCAGGUGGAUCGGAAACGUCUCUAAAACAGAAUAUGAAGUCAACAGUCAGUGAAAUUCAGCCUUUAAGUCUUUCACUAAGUCAUGCUCUAACCUCUUUCAAUGAGUCAACAGUGCUACGAAGGAGAUUUUAUCUACGCAAAAAUAUGCCGUUGUCAUCAUCACCAGCAACAUCAGGAGCUACAUCGCUACCUGUUCGUCCAAGUCAUUUAGCUGCAAACAUAUCAACUGAUAGUAUUGUCGCUGACGUUGAUACAAAUGCUGGUGUUGGCAUUGACAGUAUUAAUUCAAUUGGUUCGUCAGUGACCGAGCCUGUGAACACUGUAACCACAUCUGUACAUUAUUCUAAUUCAACAUUACCAUGUGAUACUGUAUCAUUUGAUCGUACAACCAGUGAAACAAUGAUUGACAGUGUAACUACUACUGGACAUGGUUCGUAUACACCAUCGAUGACUAAUAACAGAACCUCUGCUGCUGUCACAAGUAUAAAUAAUCAGCAUAAUAUGCAAUCUAAUAUAAUGUCAUUUCAUGAGGAUGAAUCAAUGCGGCUUAGUGACGAAGAAUCCUAG